AUGCCUACCGAGGUCACCACAGAUGUCAGCAAUUAUGAAGCUAAGGGAUACGGCGACCCCAGCCAUACGAUGAAGGCUUUGACCUGGCAAGGGAAGAAUUCAGUUAAAGUUGUGGAGACAGCUUGCCCCAAGAUUAUCGAUGAAGGCGAUGUCAUACUUAAGGUGACUGGCAGCACCAUUUGCGGCAGUGAUUUGCACCUGUUUCACGAGGCCAUCCCGGAUCUCCAGAAAGGUGAUAUCCUCGGCCACGAGUUCUGCGGUAUUAUCGAAAGCGUGGGACCGGCAGUCAAGAAGGUUAAAGUGGGCGACCGCGCUGUGGCAUCCUUCCAAAUUGCCUGUGGGAAGUGUUAUUAUUGCCAGAAGAAGCUAUCCUCAAUGUGUGAGCGGACGAAUUCGAACGAGGAGGCCGUUAAGUUAUACGGGCGUCGAACAGCCGGCAUGUUUGGAUACUCUCACUUCACGGGAGGCUUUGCCGGUGGGCAGGCGGAGUAUGUCCGCGUCCCUUUCGGUGACGUGAACCUCCUUCAGCUGCCUGACGAUGUACCCGAUGAAAAAGGCCUCUACCUUUCCGAUGUGCUGGGAACAUCUUGGAAUGCCGUUGUCGACACUGGGGUUGAGAAGGGUGAUACUGUGGCGAUAUGGGGAGCUGGCCCAGUUGGUCAGAUGGUAGCUGAGUUCAGCUUCUUCAAUGGAGCUAGCAGGGUCAUCCUCAUUGACGGCGGCCAUGGAAAAUGGCGAUUAGACUUUGUCAAGAAGAUACUACCUAAGCUGGAGACGAUUGAUUAUACGGGCCUCCCAAAGGGCGAAUCCGUUACCUCAACUCUAAAGAGAAUGUGCGACGGCCGCGGACCCGAUGUGGCGAUUGAGUGCGCCGCCGGUGAGUAUACAAAAGGAUGGGCUCAUUACUUUGAGAGGUUGCUGGGCAUGGAAACGGAUACGUCUGAGCUCGUUAACGAGAUGAUUACCUCUGUCCGUGCGUACGGGCGCUGUGGUAUCACGGGCGUAUAUGCCGGCUAUUGCAAUCACUUCAACAUCGGUUCCUUGAUGGAGACCGGGAUUCAUCUCUGUGGAAAUGGACAAGCUCCUGUGCAAAAAUACUGGGAAGAGCUCUUGAAGUAUAUUCAGGAGGACAAGAUUCACCCCCUUGAUAUGGUCACGCACCGCUACAUGCUCGAGGACAUGGAAAAGGUCUAUGAUUUAUUCAAUAAGCGUGACCCGGGCAUGCAGAAGGUCUUCGUUCAGACGAAGUUCUCUGCGCCUCCAGCGCCAGGAACACCCGCGUUAACAGUUAUCUGA